AUGUCUGCCACUGCUCUAUCUGCACACCAUGCUGCACAGGCCACCGACAUCAACGUGACAGUGGACGCUUUCAUAGCGAAGUUGAAGAGAAGACAGAUCGAGGACUCUUAUGAGAUUGCCCUAGAGACACUGCAGAUACUCAUGCGUUUUCUGAGUGCGUCGAGGUGGAGCAAUGUCAAGGAGAUGAUAGAACUUAUAAGACAGCUGGGCAACAGGCUGGAGAAGGCACACCCUACUGCGUUCAGUUGCGGUAACGUCAUAAGAAGAAUACUGGCGGUUUUGCGUGACGAAAUAGAAGAAGAAUCCAAGGAUACGGGGAAUGACACUCAGAACAUGAAAAACCAAGCGGCCGAACCAUUGAUCUCGUCUAUGUUCAACCUUCUACAAAAGCCAAAGGAGGAUGAUAGCAGCGCAAAGAAUCAACAGAAUAACAAGAAACAACAGCGUAGCACCAUCAAGACGGACUAUCGUCAAGUGGCUAUCCAAGGUAUCAAAGACUUAAUCGAUGAAAUUGUAAAUAUUGAUGAAGGUAUCCAACAGAUCGCCAUCGACCUAAUCCACGACCACGAAAUACUGCUAACACCUACUCCAGAAUCCAAAACAGUUCUGAAAUUCCUAAUCAGAGCUAAAGAACGCGGUAACAGAUCAUUCACUGUCUUGGUCACGGAGGGGUUCCCAAACAACACACAGAAAGCACAUUUAUUUGCUAAAAAACUGGCUGAACACAAUAUAGAAACCAUGGUUAUCCCAGACUCAGCUGUAUUCGCAUUGAUGUCAAGAGUUGGUAAAGUGAUCAUUGGAACUAAGGCGGUCUUCGUGAAUGGUGGUACCAUGUCUUCCACAUCUGGUGUUUCUUCUGUGUGCGAGUGUGCACGUGAGUUCAAGACGCCAGUGUUCGCUGUUGCAGGUUUAUUCAAAUUGUCCCCGUUAUACCCAUUUGACGUUGAGAAAUUUGUUGAAUUUGGUGGCUCCCAGAAAGUUUUACCAAGGAUGGAUCCUAACAAUAGACUAGAUACCAUCAACCCUAUGACAGAUUACGUUCCACCAGAGAAUAUCGACAUUUAUAUUACUAAUAUCGGUGGUUUUGCUCCAAGUUUUAUCUACCGUAUUGUGUGGGAUAACUACAAGCAAAUAGACGUGCACUUAGAUACCAAAUCCGAAAAAUAA